UUUGAGAUACAGUUCUACGAAGUUAAUUUUAAUUUAUUUUUCAGAUGGAUCGGGAAAUAAACAUAUACCUAAUUAAUUUUAAUAUGCUCAUUAUGGCUAGUAGAGAACGAUGUAUAGUGCAGGCCCGCAUGAAGGUUCUCUUAUUAUCGUAAAACCGUCGUUGACAAUAAUAACAGGAAAUACGUUCUUCUAAUUUUAUAAAAAUUUAUAUUAUAUUAGAAUUUUUGUAACAUUGGUUUGAUAAUUUUGUAGGGGCACUAUAAUAUUUAUCUAGAUAAGCCCAUUUUCUAUCUAAGCUAAACAUUAGAUAAAUCGUAACAUAAUUCUAGAUAACAUAUAUGUAGAUACUUUAAAAGAUAAUUUAUUUCAAAAAUCUUAUCUAGAUAAUUCCCAACACUGGUUCCGAGCCACGAGGCUAAGCUGAAAAUGAGCCGGUCCUAUUCGCUACAAGUUUAGCCAUUAUUUUCUUGUAAAUCAGACAAAUAAUGAUCUAAAUCGUCCAAUUGAACAUAAUAACCGCUCAUAAAACACUUGCCCAAUAUUACUACAGGUUUAACGCGAAACCAUUAAAAGUCUGUGUAUUUUUAUUAAAAGUAAUUUUGAAAAAAAAAAUGCAAUUACAUGUGAACUAUUAUGUUUAUUAUAGUAAACAGAAACCCUCAAUUAUAUUAUUUUACACUUGCGUACGUCGCGUCAUAGUAACAAUACGACAACAUAUUGACUUGCUAAGCAAUUAGCAGAAUAAUUACCAAAAUAAAACCACCCACCGUGGGUUUAAACGAGUAAAAAAUAUCGAUGGUGGUUAAUUUCAUAGUUGAAAUAUAAUAUAUUUUUUAUACUACGUAUCUUAAACACAAAAAUAUUUUUAACAAUAAUGGAUGGACGGUGCGUUUAUUUAUUUUUAUCGAUUUUCAUCAUACACUUCUUGUCUCUAACAAAUGGAAAAAAAGUAUACAUUAGAGAUACUUUAAAAGUUAAGCCAUUUGAUAAUCGCCUUGGGACAAAAGACCUUUAUUCGGUUGUUGUAGAUGGAUUAAAAGCAAGGUAUAAGAAUCGGAAGAUGCUCGAAGUGUCUAAAACUCGUUAUGCUUUUCACACGGCGUGGAGAGGAAUAAAACAUUUUUUCUGGGAAAAAGUUUUGAAUGUGUUUUGUCCUUCGAUGACCAGAGAGUUAAAAGCUAUAAGAAUAAUAAAAGAUGCAUUGUUAAAAAGUAAAAAUAAAAAUGGUAUUCAAAAAAAAUUUGAUUUUACAAUUCCGUUUAAGAAAAAGCAAAACAAAAGCAAAAAAAAAACUAGUGAAGAAGAAAGCGAAGAAGAAAGCGAAGAAGAAAGCGAAGAAGGAAGUGCUGAAGAAAGCGAAGAAGAAAGCGAAGAAGAAAGCGAUGAAGAAAGCAAUGGAAAAGGAAACAAAAAAAAAGCUAUAAAGGGCAAAAAGAGUAAAAAGAAAGAAGAGAGUGACGAGGACGAUGAUGAUGAAGAUAAAAGCUUAGAUGAUUUGUUUAAGUAGUUAUAAGUCAAAUAAAAAUAAAAAUAGAUAUUAUUUUAUACAAUACUACAAAGAAUAAAAACAGUUGUAAGCUUUAAAAAAAUUAUA